AUUUCAUUUCGAGUCUUCUACGUCCUCUCACUACCACAUUGCUCUACAGGCACCCCCGCAUUGUGCACGAAACUGAGCGAAAGGAUCGCGCGCCACCAUGAUGAAUCUGUUCAGGUUACUAGGGGAUCUUUCCCAUCUCCUGUCCAUUUUGAUAUUGCUCCAGAAGAUGAAGUCGUCGAGCAGCGCGUCCGGCAUCUCGUUCAAAUCACAGUUCCUGUACCUCAUCGUAUACAUUACCCGAUACGUCGACCUUCUUUGGACCUUCUACGAGCCCAAGUCGCUCUACAACACCAUCUUCAAAAUCAUCUUCAUCAGCACGGCCUCGUACACCGUCUACCUCAUGCUCAACGAUUACAAACCCACCCACGACCCGAAUCUCGACACCUUCAAGGUGCAAUACCUCAUCGGGGCCAGCGCGAUUUUGGCGAUUCUGUUCCCGUACAAGUACAACUUUACAGAGAUCCUCUGGGCUUUCUCCAUUUGGCUCGAAUCUGUCGCUAUCCUCCCGCAGCUCUUUAUGCUCCAAAGGACAGGCGAGGCGGAAACCAUCACCACCCACUACCUGUUCGCUCUCGGUGCUUACCGUGCCUUGUAUAUCCCUAACUGGAUCUACCGGUACUUCUUCGAGGUCCCGCGCUUCUGGGACCCCAUCGCCGUUAUUGCAGGCAUUGUCCAGACUAUCCUCUACUCUGACUUCUUCUGGAUCUACUACACAAAGGUCAUUCAAGGCAAGAAGUUCAACCUGCCGGUGUAGGCGACCGGAGUCUCCCCAGCAUUUCUUGUGAAUUCGAGCGACGGG